GCCGAGCCCUUCUCCCCAAUUUGAAUCUUUCCUUCAACAACCACAACGAGACGGGGCUUGUAGGAAGGAAGCAUUGCCGGUCCAUAAAGUUGGCCGGUUGGGAUACACCACGCGAGGAACCAAUAGCCAAUAGGCCGUCCGUGUCCGUGUCACUGACAGUGGAAAAGAAAGCCUGAUUGUGAGAGGGAGGUCAGAGCUGCGGGCACUAGUGCUUGUGAACCAGCCAGGCAGAGCAGAGCAGCCUCCCCGGUUGCAGUUGCACACGACAGAAGUACUCCUCCUCCCUCUCCCUUUCCCCCACCAAAUCCGCCGCCGCCAAAAUGCUGUCCCUUCUCCGCGCCGCCGUCUCCGGCCGCCUUCGCCGCACCCUCUCCACCGCCGCCGCGCGCCCUCCCUGGGCGAUGAUGUACCGGGUCUCCCAGGGUUCCAACUCCACGGAGAGCGUGUCGUCCUCGCUCGCCCCGCCGCCGUCCGUCUCCUUCGUCUCCGUGCCCAGCCACGCCCUCGACAUCGACCCCUUUCCGCCCCAACCCAAGUGCGUCAGCCUGUUUCGCGGCCUCGUCCUCGCCGCCAGCGGCCACGGCCUCCUCCUCCUGGACACCCACAUGAGCCGCCUCCAGGCUCAUGACCUGAAGCUCCUCUACCGGAGGUUCGCGCGCUUCGUCUGCAACCCGGUCACCGGCCAGCUGCUCCGCCUCCCGGACUUCGACGGCGCCGAGAAGACCUUGACCGACGGCAUGGGGCUCCUCACCCAGGCCUACGGCGCCAGCGGGCCGCCCAAGAGGUAUGCCGCUGCUCAGCUCACCGAGGUCGACGGCGGGCAGCGCUUCCUGCUGCGCCGGUUCUCCUCGGAGACAGGGGACUGGGACGAGCGGGUGCUGCCGUCCCCGAUGCCGCCUAGGCGGCGGAUGCACAUGGUUCACGAGGUGCUGGACUACGGAGGCCGGCUCUGGUGGGUGGACGUGAGCUGGGGCGCCAUCUGCGUCGAUCCGUUCAGCGACCGGCCUGAACUCUGCCCCGUCGAGCUGCCGGCACACAGCAUGCUUCCUGACCAACUGGACGAGAACGAAAUGAGGCAGCUUAUCAAGCACCGCCACAUGGGGGUCAGCGCCGGCAGGCUGCUCUAUGCCGAGGUCGACCCGUUACAUAUCAGAUCCUUCACGCUCGACGACGAUAGCCGCCGCUGGACGCUGCAGCACCAGGUGUCGGUUGAUCUUUUGCCCAAUGGAGGUAAUGCCAAGGAGAUGCCUUUGGUUGCUGCUGUCGAUCCACUGGACACCAACCUGCUGCAUCUCAACGUGGACAGAGUUAAUUUCAGCAUCGACAUGUCCAGGAAGAGGAUGAUUGAGAGUACUGCAAUACCUACUGACAUGUCUCCUCCGAGCGAGUCCGCAACAACUUCCUAUCUACCGUGCGUGCUCCCUUCAUUUCUUCGAUCAAGCCCGAUUCCAGGUAAGAAGUCUGUCACGAAAAACAAGACUUUGGCAGAUGUUCUGGUUCGUUUAGACAGACAUCACGCUAAAUGAAGCGUGCCAAGUUACCAGUCAAUGUGUCUCUGGGUUUCUAACAAUCAAGUAGUACCUGAUGCGUGAUGGGUGAUGGCGGGACUCGGAUUUUGCACGAAAUCUGGAGAUGUUUGGGUUUUGGGAUUUUGAUGUUUGUUCAGACUCCAUACUAAGCAGUCCACGCUCAUCCCUUCGUAGAAAAAGGUGGAUGCAUCCACAUCUUUAACUCCCUUGAGAGAAACUUAUUUAUAUGAGACAUGUGACAAAUUGAUGAUGAGCGUUUCGGUAUUAUACAUAUUUGCAUGUUACUAUUAAGUGUCAUUCAAUUUACUGAUACUAUGUCAUCAAAUUAAUAUGGAAAUGGUAGCUGACGUAGCCAGGAGGCAAGAGCCAACAAACACCCUCAUCGCCAAACAUUGCACGUGCAUGGAUCUUGGCGCAAGGCCAUUGCCACGUAGAUCUUAUCCAGUCAUUCAUUGUACGCGGAUUCCUGGCAGACUCGUCGUUUCUUUCUUUUUUGUCAAAAAAUUGCACACAAAGGUCACGAGGUAGGGGGAUGGAACCCCCGCACAGGAGCCCAUCGCCACUGGGCUGAGAGGCCUUUCUAAACAUUUUGUGUUUGAAAUGCUACAUAUAGUUUUCUAAAGUUAAUUUUUUUUAGUUCGUCCAAAAAUCUAGAAUUUUUUUUCAAUUUCUCACAUGGCAGUUUUAUAUUUAUAGCAUGGCAUUUUUUUAAGAGGAUGACAAUUUCUGUUAUUCAGAAGAUGGUAUUUUUAUUGUUGAGAGAUCGCAUUUAUAUAUGUGAGAGAUGGCAUUUUGUUUUCAUGGCAUGGCAUUUUUAUUACCAAGCGCAUCUCAUUUUUAUUACCAAUAGGAUGGUAUUUUUAUCAAUAAUAGGAUGGAAUUUUUAUUAUUGAGAAGAUGGCAUUUUUAUUCUUGAGAGAUCACAUUUAUAUUUUUGAGAGAUGGUAUUUUUAUUUCUCAUGGCAUGGCAUUUUAUUACCAAUAGGAUGGUAUUUUUAUCAAUGAUAGGAUGGAAUUUUUAUUAUUGAGAAGAUGGCAUUUUAUUUUUAAUGACAUGGCAGUUUUAUUAACAGUAGGAUGGCAUUUUCAUUAUCGAGAGGAUGGCAUUUUUUAUUAUAUAUAGGAUGGCAUUUUUUAAUGUUUGAGAGGAUGGCAUUUUUAUUAUUGAGAGGAUGGUUCUUUUUUAUAAAUAGGAUGACAUUUUUUAAUGUUUCAGAGGAUGGCAUUUUUAUUUUUAAUGGCAUGACAUU